UCUCUCUCUCUCUCUCUCUCUCUCUCUCUGCAGCUUCGGGAGUAUAAGGUUGUUGGGCGUCUCUUGCCCUCGGCUAAAAACCCCGCGCCCCCUCUGUACCGCAUGAGGAUCUUCGCCCCAAACCAUGUGGUGGCCAAGUCUCGCUUCUGGUACUUCGUCUCGCAGCUGAGGAAGAUGAAGAAAGCCUCUGGAGAGAUCGUCUACUGCGGCCUGGUCCAUGAGCAAUCGCCCCUCAAGGUGAAGAACUUCGGCAUCUGGCUGCGUUACGACUCUCGCAGUGGGACCCACAACAUGUACCGCGAGUACAGAGACCUGACCACGUCUGGA